AUGGCUGAAACAAGGAGAUCAAACCCUAAGCAGAGGGGACCCUUCUCUCCUUCAAGCCCAUUCUUAUUGGGCUCCAAUGAUGAAAAGCUUCGGUGCGCUCAGGCACGCGCUGCUCAUACCGUUACUAUGCACUGGAAACCUGGAGCCCUUACGAUAGCCAUUUCUCCCAAGGUAGAUCCAUUGCUUGGAAAAGAACAGAUCCUUGAAUUGUUUCAAAACUGCAUCAAACUUGCCAGCGAAAACGUUUUCCUUUUUUUUUUAUUAUUAUUUUUUGUAACUUUUGAGAAAUUUGAUUACGAGUUGGUUUACGAUAUUUAUGGAUUUGCAGCAAAUCGCCUAUUACUUUGA